AUGGGAAGGAGUAAACCACCAAAGCAACACUGCUCUUCCAAGUCGAGGGUGACAGCUGGCCUGUUGUUAUCGUUUCUGGCAUUCACGAACAGCGCCUCCGCCAUUUCAGGACAAGCGACACCGUCAACAAUUCUACCACAACUACCAUUGUUGCCAGAGACACAAGAUGGCACCUAUCAUGACUUCACUUUGCGACACAUUUUCCACAAAGGUACCUAUCAAGAUCCCCAGCUUCACAAGCGCCUUGAUGUACCGCCUGACUACAACAUAUGGGUCCUCAAUGGCAAAGACGGAUCUCAGCAACAAUCAACAAACCAUUUCCGUGCCCGUUCCCAUCAAAUUAACAUUCAACGCCUCUCUGACAGGCGGCUUGCCACGAUCGAAUCGCACCUCUCUCAUGCCCGCACCAACGGUGAGGCCAUUUCACUUGCAGCAUCACAAUGGACGAUGGACGAAAUGCCUGCGCCGAAUACGACUGACAAGGAGACGAUAUUAUCUCUUGCAAGGGCUGCGGCCGAUGCGUACGUGGAAACUCGGGACGACCUGGAAUGGGAAGAUGUUGGAAAUGGACUCAACCUCUCACAAAGCUUUGGCUGGCAAGCAGACGGGCUGCGAGGACACAUUUUCGCGGACAAGGACAAUGCCACUAUCCUCGUGGGCUUAAAGGGCACCUCACCGGCUGUUUUUGAUGGUGAAGGUACUACUACAAAAGACAAGGUCAACGACAAUCUAUUCUUCAGCUGUUGCUGCGCCCAAGGGGGUCAGUACUUUUGGCGUCAAGUUUGUGACUGCUACUCAAAAACUUACACCUGUAAUCAAACAUGUCUGGUCCAAGCACUGAAGAAAGAAAAUCGGUAUUACCGCGCAGCCAUCGAGCUCUAUACUAAUGUCACAGAGUUAUAUCCUAAUUCCAAUGUCUGGCUGACAGGUCAUUCCCUUGGCGGGUCGGUCAGUAGUCUUCUGGGUAUGACUUUCGGGAUACCAACUGUCACUUUUGAGGCUCCCGGAGAAGCAUUGGCAGCGUCUCGACUUGGUCUUCCUGCUCCGCCAGGUUCCGAUCCAACCAGACCGGCCACCCGAAAGUACACAGGGACCUAUCAUUUUGGUCACACCGCUGAUCCUGUUUUCAUGGGUACCUGCAAUGGAGCAACAGCCGCAUGCACACUCGGAGGAUAUGCCAUGGAAUCUCAAUGCCACACUGGCUUUCAAUGUGUUUAUGACACUGUCAGCGAUAAGGGGUGGCGUGUUGGCAUUGGAUAUCAUAAGAUUCAUAAUGUGAUUGAUAAUGUCCUGCGGAAGUACGACACCGUCCCACAGUGUGCUACGGAUGAUGAAUGUGUGGAUUGUUUCAAUUGGAAGUAUUUCGAAAGUAAUGGAUCAGACUCUACUACCUCUUCCUCAUCCACCAGAACGACGACCAGAACACGUACCUCGACCUGCCAAACCCCUGGAUGGUGGGGAUGUCUCGAUAAGACAACGACGGAGACCACCACAUCCUCUACCAGUACCAACAGCUCCACCUCUACGUGCAAGACUCCAGGCUGGUUUGGAUGCAAUGAUCCUACUACCACUACAUCGGCCACUUCAUCCCCAAGUGCAGCCCCGGCACCGCCAAUUACUACCACCUGCACGGCAACAACAUCUUCAGUUUCAUCUUCCUAUUCUUGCCACCAUCCUGGCUGGUUCGGCGAUUGUCUUGACCCAGCGGCACCAACAUCGAGUUCGCCCCCCCUGUCGCGUCAUUGCUCAAAACCUGGAUGGUUCUGGGGAUGUCUUGAUAGGCCCACGUCUGAAAAUACUGCGUCAAUCACGCCGCCUUUGCCAACGCAUUCUGCAAGUUCCAUGUCGACACCAUCCACCUCAUCAAGUACUUGCAAACACGAAGCUUUUUUCGGCCUGAUCUGCCUUGAUUCGAACUCCGAAUACUCAAGGCUGCAUGGUGUACCGAAGACCACAGCGACAAGACAAGGAGCGAUGCUAGGGAGUGGCUGGCAAGAUGAAAUGUGA